AUGUUCUUCAUGCACGAGGAAUUCAAUUUGCUGCUUUUGUGCAGCGAGGAGGGGCCCAAGGACACUGCUGUAAACACGAGACAGCCUGAGAGCCCGCACGCCGACACGCCUCCUCCUCAGUCUCACUUUUAUGCAAAGUUCCUUCCUCUUGCUGUGGCUCUUCGGGCGCUGGGAGCUGGCGCUACACGGCCUCAGUUCUGUGAAGCGAGACCGCACAAGCCUCUGACUGACACCGGGCCUCACAGGUUCACGGGGCGCUCACCUCUGCUCCGCACGCACACUCCUGCUGCCGUGUUCCAAAGACUCCCUCAGCUGUCACCGCGGAUCAUGUUUCCUGCCACUCUUCCUCCCAUUCAGUUUAAUUAG